AUGUGUUUAUUGUCGCAUAAAAGAAGCAGCUCAUUCAUAACUUCCCGAGAGAGCGGAGGGGAAACAUGUUUUACCUCCGCGUGCAUUAUCGCCUUUUUUGUUGUUGUUGUUUUUCUGGGUGUGAUACAUCAGGUGGUGUGUGCUGUUUCGAAGUCUUGCCUUUCUUCCCCUGCCUGUUUGUUUUCCGUCCGGUGUGGCACUGCGGUGCACGGGCGAAGUAGUCGGUUGGAUCCUUUUGUGGUACGUCGCGUCUCACGCUUUGCUGCGCCGUUGGUUUGUGGAGGACGAAAUUGCGCCACGACGCGUGGGCAUGAUGCCAGCCGCACAGAGCGCAAGGAGGACGUUGUGACGCCGUGGGGUGUUGCCGCCACGGGCCCAAGGGGUGGGGACGAUGGCCGCGUCCUCGCACGAUUCAGGUCGGAGCCCGUUGAUGAGCCCCUUCUGCAGCGGCUGGAGGAAACAUGCAACGGACGGGGGGAGCACGCGCAGGCAACCAGCACCGCACAAGAGGAGGCGGGACGAAUGGCAUUGCACCAUUUUUUCCGCCGCGGCAUCGUCCUCUCCCACAGGGAUUUUGGAGCCGCCAUUGACUGCGUGCGUGCGUCCUUUGCGACGGGGACACACCGCGCGUACUUGUACACUGGUCGUGGACCGAGCGCGCGGUCGAUGCACAUUGGCCAUGUCAUACCGUUUUUAUUGACGCGGUACCUGCAGGAUGCGCUCGGUCUUCCGUUGGUGAUCCAGAUAACCGAUGAUGAGAAGCACUUCUUCCGCGACAUUCCCGUCAGCGGGGAGAGGGCGAGCGGGUUGGUGGUGGAGAACAUAAAAGACAUCAUUGCCUUUGGCUUCGAUCCACGCAAGACAUUUAUAUUCCGCAACACGGUGUACAUGGGGGACAUGUACCCAACUGUCGUGCAGGUGCAGCGCAUGUUGACGCUGAGCGCUGUGAGGAAUGCAUUUGGCCUGAAGGAUAGCGACAAUGUUGGGAAGGCAGCCUUUCCAGCGGUGCAGGCCGCACCGUGUUUUAGCAGUGCCUUCCCCCGUGUGCUACGACGGCUAGCUGGGGACCCGCCGCUGAAGUGCAUCAUUCCCUGUGCAAUUGAUCAGGACGCUUUUUUCCUCCUGGCACACAACGUCGCGCCGCGUAUGAAGUGCUGCGCCCCCGCACUGCUGCACACAAAGUUCCUCCCCGCACUGAAGGGAGCGCAGUUCAAGAUGAGCAGCAGCGCCGGGGAGAACGGAGUCAUCACACUACACGACACGGAGCAGGAGGUGCGGAAGAAGGUGCGCAAGGCCUUCUCUGGUGGGGGUGGCACGCUGGAGGACAUGCGUGCGGAGGGCGUCAACCUGCACGCAGACGUGGCGUACCGACUCAUUCGGUUCUUCUGCCCCGACGACAAUCUCCUCGCGGAGGUGACGUCGAAGUACAGCAGGGGUGAGAUGAGCAGCGCCGAGGUAAAGGACCUCGCCGCGGAUGUCGUUGUGCGGCACGUCUUGUCGGGGUGGCAGGCGCGGCGGGCUGGCGUCACAGAUGCCGACGUGGAACACUUCUCCGGCAUCCGCAGCAUUCUCCU